AUGGAAGAGUCGAGUGAGUUGCAACCUGAAGAAAAUAAAGUCUCGAUGGAGAAAAGUACGAAAAGAAAGCUCAAAACGCCUGCGCAGCUUAAGGGUCUGGAGAAUUUUUAUACUGAGCACAAAUAUCCGACGGAGGAGUUGAAAUUAGUAAUUGCUGAGGAGUUAGGGUUGACGGAAAAGCAAGUAUCUGGAUGGUUUUGCCAUCGAAGGUUAAAAGAUAAGAGAUUGUCGAAAGAUGACGGAGCUGCUAAUGGACGACAAGAUCGUUCAAGCGGUGUCAUCCAGGAUCGUGGCAGUGGACUUGGGCAAGGGCAAGAUUCGUGUGGGAGCAGUAAACAUGGUGAUUACAGGUAUCUGGAUCCUAAAGAAGUCGAGAGUCAUGGUCUCUACAAUCGUGAUUUGUCAGUUGCUGAUAUGACCUAUGGACGUAGGAAUCAUUUUUCCGAAAAUGUUAGUGGAAUGGACGAUACUUCGUCUGAGAGCAGCUCUUAUUUGCAAGAACGGUUGUAUCCUCAAGGCCAGGGUCCCUAUGAGUCGGAGCCUUCUAGAUAUCUAGCAUCUGGUAAAUCACUUCCACCCUUAAAACCGAAGGGUGCUAUGAACAUGGGAUAUAAACCAUCGGGGUAUUUGAAAGUGAAGGGUGAGAUAGAGCAUGCUGCUAUAACUGCUGUUAAAAAGCAAUUAGGAAGGAAUUAUCUGGAAGACGGUCCAUUACUUGGCAUUGAAUUUGAUCCACUUCCACCCGGGGCCUUUGAGUGCCAAACCCAAGAUCCCGUUCACGAACCAUACCGUUUUGCUGAUCCGGCUCUUCUCAAAUCUCCCGAAAUCUCCACAGCAAAAAGGCGACCUGGUCUUAGCUCCAGAUACGAUUCAUAUUAUUCAAAACAUAGUUCCCAAGAUACUCAUAUGGAAGGAGAUGAUGAGUUUGGUUCCUUGCGUGAUUCUGAUGUUCAUGAUAAACAAGAUAAGGAGGCUUUCCAUGGUACAAAACACCGACAAGCUUUUCAGAGUAACGCCACUCGUGUUCCUGCUAGGAACUCUCCCUUGGAUUUGUAUGAAGACUCUACCGGGGAAGCUGCAUAUAAUAAUAUCACUAAGAAUCAUAGGAAAGACACCAAGCGCGGUGUUGAGGGGAUGAGAUCUGAUUCUGCUUCUAACCAUAGCGAUCACUAUGAAGAAAACAUUCCAGUUAAACACGCAGACUUUCUGCCAUACGACUAUGAAAACACCAAUCCGAAGAAUGUGCAAAGGAGUGUUCACGCAGAGUUUUUGCCGUAUGACUAUGAUAACGUCAACCCAAAGAACAUGCAAAGGAGUGAACACGUAAAAACAAAGCCUUCAAACUCAAUCCGUAAUUCUCGUGGAUCUGCAGAUACCGAAGAAAGAGAGCUAUCUAUUAGGAUGACUAAGGAAGAGAUGUUCAAGGCGGAAAGGAAGGCAAAAAAGCAGUUUCGCGAUACGGGGGUAGCAGCGAUGAUUUCAAAUGAAACUAUGGUUGCAAAACGACUUAAACCGAAUACGUUUCUACCAUACAGCGCAAACCAGUUCCCUGCUGCUGAAAUAGAACCAAGGAAAAAUCAGAGGUCUGGCGCAGAGAUGCCGUCUAGCUUUAGCGAGGACGAAACCGGCGAUACAAGUUCCUCGAUGAAUUGA